CAAAAGAGAUAAUUUUAUAUACACACAACAUCACAUAAAUUAACAAAGACAUGAAAACAUCGAUUUGCGUUGUUGACACAGGUCACAGGUAGGCGACAGGCGCGGAGGUAGGGCACAAUGCAGAAAACUGGCGAUGAAUACGAUUAAAGGUUUGAUACUCCUUAUUAUUGGAAUAACGUAUUUGGUGAAGCACAGGGCAUACGAAGAUUUAUUGACUAAUCGAUUUUUUACGUUACCUGCAUUUGUUAUAGCGACAGGAUGUAUUAUAUUUUUGAUUGCCGCGCUUGGUUUUUAUGGCGCAUUUUCUGAACACUUUUAUGCUGUGGCUGCUUACGCGGUAUUCAUGUUAGCCAUUUUGAUAUUCGAAAUGUCGAUAACAAUUGUCGCAUUUGGCCUUCGGAAAGACGCCGUGGCAGAGAUAAGGACGCCAAUGGCUCAGAGUCUGAACCUGUAUGAGAGCAGGCGAGAAAUCGCUCGGCUGUGGGACGAUAUGCAAAUGUCUUAUGAAUGCUGUGGUGCUGCAGGCCGCCAUGAUUUCGCCUCGAAUCGCAUCCCGGUGAGCUGCUGUCACAUCGACUAUGGAACUGUAUCACCAUUCACCUGCAACCUCACGAACGCCCACGUCACGGGCUGUGCAAUAGCACUCGGCGGCUCUCUCAGUAAUAACGCAUACGUCAUUGGUAUCAUUGGCGCGCUUUUCACUUGCAUACAGGCAAUAUUAACGGCAAUGUCAGGGUGGCUGGCAUGGCGAUCAAAAUUUGAAGAAGUAGAAUUGGAGUCGUAAAAUAUGUUUUCUUAAUAGAAAUUAUUUAUUAUUUAUUUGUUAUUAAAACUAUUGUAAAGUUCUAUUAGAUUACUUGUGUAAUUAAAACAGAUAAAAUUA